AUAAACUACACGUCCCGGCAUGCUCCUCUCUGCCUCACGCUCCAGCACGCACAGGUUCCGACACAUGGUGAACUACACUUCCCGGCGUGCUGUGCGACUGCUUCCUGUCCGCUGUGUUGUGGUUGCAGAGACUGGAGACCGGAGUUAUGUACAGAUGAUGAAGAUGAGGAGGAUGAGUGAGCUCAGUGCAGCGGAGGAGCUGGAUCUUCUCUGUACCCCGACCAAAUGAGCAGACGCCAGCCCCCCUGGUCUGAUCACAGACAUGGCUUCCCACAAGGCUCUGCCUCCUCACCCCGAUCUCCAGUCCUACUCCAGAGUGCACAGUUUCGUAAUAAUGUCAUCAGUGAAGGGGAGGAGCUGACACAAAGCAAUCCAGGGAGACACAAUGCAAGACUGCAGUCCCUCUGCCGGCAGCGGCAGCUCCUCCUCCUGGUGCGGGAGUUUGUUGUCCAUCAGAUGCGACUACUGGAGUAUUAUAAGACUGUGGAGCAGACGCCGCUGUCCAGAAUGGAGGCUGCUUGUCUCAGGCUGCAGGAGCUGUGUCAUGGUGGUGCGAUGCUGCAGAGAAGGGUCCGGGCCAAUCAGCUGCUGCGUCCGCUCUCUCCGGCUGUACAUCAGGUCCUUGGGGACCUGCACAGAACACUACAGCUUAUGUCAGUGAAGGCAGCCAUUGUGACUGAGGAGCUCGUUCUGAGCGCAGUGCGUAGAAUGGCGCGUCUCCCUUCAGAGGUUUCUGGGAGUCUGUGCCGUGCUCUGACCGUCUACAACAAAGUCAUAGCAGACAUAUUGCCAUGGGCCGCACAAGGGACAGACAUGCAGCCGAUUUCCAUCACUAGAUCCCUGGAGAUCAUGGCGGAGGAGCGAGGGCGGCUGCUGGCAGAAAGCUUCUCCCAGGCUGGCCUUCGAAGCAAGCUGGAGCAUGUAUUAAACGGAGAGGUGGAGUCACAGAAGGAGGUGGGUGGGGCUCUCUCCUCAUGUCUGAAGACCCUCAUGUGGGAAGAUCGAUGUCAGGCAGCCCCUCUGCUGAAGAAUCUGGCUGGCCUGGAUCAUAUGAUGGGGAGUGGCAUGGAGACGGACAGCGCAGCGGAACCGGUUCUGUACGAGCAGUACUGUAGCCGCCUAUGGCCGGUUCUCUGUGCCCACCUCUUUCACGCCAUGUACCCAGGUAGAUGGGGAGCUCGAACAAUGCCAGCUCUGACACCAUGUGUUGUCGGAGUGAGAACUGCUGCUGCCAUCCAAUUACUACGCAGCGCACUGACAUCUGACGCUGUUCCAGAGCUAUGCCAGGAGUGGGGCCACAGACUUUGCCAUCACCUAUUGUGCACCACCGCCUUUAUCACCUGGGACAGAGGAAUGUGUCAGGCAUUGAGCUCGGCUCUUACAGAUAAGUGUGUGACCUUGCUGCAGGAUGAUGGAGCCCGCAAGACGCACAGCAGAACUGCUGCUGCCCUUGUUGCAGUGUGUCAGGAAGUCUCGGUACUGCUGCAUGCCAUGAGCUCCGGACGCAACAUCUCCAGUCAUCAGGGUGUCCUCAGCCGCUGUGUGAUGACACUGCAGCUCUGUGACCUGUGGGUGAGGAGCCGCUGUCAGAUCUACACGAGCUCAGGAUCUCUCGGUCACCUGCUGCUGGUUAGUCAUGGAGAUCUGCCGGUCAUAAAAGAACAGAUGCAGAUUGUGACUUCUGCCACGCACAACGUGGAAUGGCCUCCUGUGAGUCAGGGACUGCAUGAGCGUCUGCAGAAUGUGUCCGAAAGCCUAGAGGGUGUGGCCCUGUCUCUGCCCCACCUCUUGGGCUCCAUGUGCGCUCAUCAAGCUCAGGAUAUCUUCCAGCACGUGAUGCCAGGUGGACGUCACUGGAGAGGGAAGGUAGCAAGUGGUGAGUGUCAUGGAGGUCCUGACUUAGUUCCCAGUGAGUAUGCCCAAGCUGCUGUUAAUGCGGUGCUCAUGCCUAUCCUGGAAGGAGUACGUUACCUUUCUCCGGAUGAACAGAUAUCUGCAGUGUCCAUCACCAUUGGCGUGUUCAUGGAAGCUUGGAUGGAACAUAUUCUACGUGAGAGACUAAAAUUCAGUUUGCAGGGUGCGCUCCAGCUCAGGUGUGACUUUGAGGUUGUCCGUAACCUGUUGAAGUCUCCGGAGUUGGGGAUGUCUCCAGAGGUGAUCCAGGCAGCAAUGUCUCUCCCAGUCUUCCAGCAGGCAGAUAAUGCUAUUGUGUGCCUCCUACAGCAGCCAUCUCGUAAGGCUUACCUGCAGUCUCGUGGCUGCUCCAUUUUCUGCUGUCCUCCGCUAUGUCGCACCACUGUGGAGAGCUUAUCGGACAGCCUGCAGAGCCUGGACAGCCUGGGCCGCAGAGUGUGGAGCCAGAACUAUUCUGCCAAUCGGCCACAGCACAGCCACGACUCCUACCUCCCCCAAAACCAGCGACAGUGGCUGUCCCUGCGUCUGCACAAGAGUUGGACCGGACUGGGCUAAGGGAGGCGACACUCAUCUAUUAUAACUUAUUAUUUUAUACUCAGAGCUUUAUUUUAUUAAAUAUUUCUGA